GUACAAUAAUACAAUCGGCUAAAAGCUUGGAAAAAGUGGCCUGUGAAUUGACAAAUCACAAACAUUCCCUCCACCUAAACCCCAACCCGAUUGCACUAAUGAGUGAUCCCUAUCAAACCCAUUUCACCUUUCAAAUAAUUCUCCUUCCCUCUACCCUACUGUGUAAAGUACAGGCACAUGAGAAAUUGAAAAGAAGCUCAACGACUCACUUGCCCAACUCCACCAUUGUAGCCACUGAUUUGCAUUUCACAUUUAUGAGGGAUUGAUCAUUCAUUCUUUCGCCACAGUUGUGAUUCAGGAAACAAAAAUAUGGGCGAUUACACUGCUGCUAGAGGAAAACGGUGGGUUCAGCAGCUACACCCUCACCAACAAGCUUUUUUCACCAUCACAGCAAUGGACAACGCCAAACACUACUCCCUGCCGCUUGUUCAAAGCCAAAGUUCCUCCUCGGCCUCAGGCAGCAGCUCCGACGAUGAUCAGCAGCAUCAUCAUCAUCAUCAACAGAGCAUAAUGGUUCCUUCCAGUGGCAUUCCUGCUGCUCUAACUGAAGCUAUGGAUAACAAAGAUCAGACAAGGUCUAUCACUCAAAUCCCAGCAGAUUUAUCAGUUCAAGUGCAAGAGGCUACGUUCACUGUUCACAAGUACCCCUUGGUAUCAAAAUGCGGCUACAUAGCGCGGCUCGAACUUCAGCCUUCAAUUUCAAACUUAGCCUAUGAAGUCAAGCUUGAAAACUUCCCAGGAGGACCAGAAGCAUUCGACACCGUUUUGAAGUUCUGUUAUGGCCUUCUCCUAGAUUUGAAUCCUCAGAACAUAGCUCAACUAAGGUGUGCAUCAGAGUACCUAGAAAUGAGUGAAGAUCUUGAAGAUGGGAAUCUAAUCACAAAGACAGAAGCUUUCCUCACAUUCAUCAUUAUCUCUUCAUGGAGGGACACAAUCACUGUCCUGAAAUCCUGUGAAGCACUAUCUCCAUGGGUAGAAGAUCAACAAAUUGUUAGGAGAUGCUGCGACUCAAUUGCAUGGAAGGCUUCAAGAGACAAUUUGACAACUACAGGGGAUCAAGCAACAGCUAGUGAAGAUGCAUGGUGGCUUGACGAUGUGGCCACCCUCCGCAUCGAUCAUUUCACAAGGGUUGUAACAGCUAUUAGGGCAAAGGGAGCAAACCCAGAGGUCAUUGCCAAGUGUAUAAUGCGUUACGCAUCAAGAUGGUUGUUAGGAAUGGAUGAGGAAUUAGAAGUAAGAGGCUAUGCAAACCAGGGAAAGAGUGGGUUGCAGUUCAGGGUACUAAGUGGGAGGAGAACGGAAGAUCAGGGUACUGGACGCAACAAGGAGAAGAAGGCAAUAAUUGAGAACCUAAUAAGCAUCUUGCCUCCUAAACGAGAAGCUGUACCAUGUAGAUUUUUAUUGGAGAUGUUGAAGAUGGGUAUUGUUUAUUCUGUAUCGCCAGCUUUGAUCACACAGCUAGAGAAGAGAGUUGGGAUGACAUUAGAGACGGCCACUGUGAACGAUUUGCUGAUCCCUAAUUACAAAAAUGAAGAUCAAGGGAAGCUACUAAAAUGCUCUGACCAGCAAAGCACGAUGCACAACCUAGAUGUCAUACAAAGAAUCAUAGAGUAUUUCUUGAUGCAUGAACAGGAUCAGCAGCAACUACAACCAACACCAGAGAAAUCAAGCGUCAGUAAGCUUCUAGACAGCUACCUAGCUGAAAUUGCCAAGGAUCCGAAUGUAUCCGUCACGAAAUUUCAGGUUUUGGCUGAAGCACUGCCAGAAAAUGCUAGAGCAUGCCAUGAUGGCCUGUAUAGGGCCAUUGACACCUAUAUCAAGACUCAUCCUUCACUCUCAGAGCAUGAUCGUAAAAGGGUCUGCAAACUAAUGAUUUGUGAGAAACUAUCCCUGGAUGCCUGCAUGCAUGCAGCACAAAAUGAGAGGUUGCCUCUACGAACCGCAAUUCAGGUUCUGUUCUCUGAACAGGUGAAAUUGAGGGCAGCAAUGCAAAGAAAAGAGUCAGCAGAGAGCAGCAAUAUUUCAGAACAUCAGACACACCAAACAGAAACAAAAUCAGAAAUCAUGACACUUAAAGCAGAACUGGAGAAUGUUAAGACACAAAUGACAGAGCUACAGAAGGACUACUUGGAACUGCAGCUCGACUAUGCUAGGUUAAGCAACAAGCAAAAACAGACAUUAUCUUGGAACUUUGGUUGGAAAAGGAUAAGGAGAUCCUCUCUGUUCCACAGGAAAGCGGAUGGGGAGGAAGUAGAAGAAGGAAGGCAGAGAUCCCAUUCCACAAGCGGUAAACCCAGCUUGAGAAGAAGAAUGUCCAUUUCGUAGAAUUUGAUGCAACAUGCCAAACAUGCAGAAUGAAACUGCAACCAGAUGCUCAGAAGUAAUUUACUGUCUAAUAUGAAUUCAAUUCGACCCAUUUGGCUUUUCAGAAGGCCAAAGGUUAGAUAAAAGCAUUAACUGGGAUCAUUAGUUUGCAUGGAAACAUAUGUGUCAUCCCUAUAUCAUGUGCCAAAUAAUAUGGCCAAUGCUAUUUCUUUCUGUAGUCCUAGAUGCAGCCAUAGAACCUGUACUAUGUUUCGAGGUAUUCCGAAUUUCGCAGCUGAAAUUCAGCUAGAGAGAAUGAUCAUAAAGGUUGCAGUUUGCAAUAUUGUAAUGGUUCCAAGCAGCAAUCAAACAGCAUGCUAUCGUAUAGCCCAAUAAUCAAGUGGAUUCAUAUCAAGAUUCCAGUACGAAUACAAAGAAAAGCCUAGG